AUGGAAGCCAUUCAAAACUCAAUUCAAACAAUGACUGACCAUUUUAACACUCAAAUGGCAGAAUUCCAGAAGAGCUUGCAAGGAGCUAUUCCAGCUGCAAGUCCCACUUCCAAUAUUGCCGGGCAAUUCAAUGCAUUUAGAGCCUUUGUACUUUCUGCACUUGCCGGACUCCAGCAACAAGUGGAACUUCUUGCUAAACAGACAGAUCAGCUGGAGAUGCGGAGCAGGAGAAAGAUGUUGUUGGUGCAUGGAGUUCCUGAGGGUAAUAAUGACAAUUUGUUGACCACAGUGACUUCUUCAUUGUCUAAUCACCUCAAGCUACCUGACUUACAGGAAGACUGCAUUAGUCGCUGCCAACGUUUGGGUCAGCCCAAAGGGGACAAGCCCCGGGCUAUUUUACUUAAGUUUCAGGACAUGCCAACUAAGAAUCAGGUCUGGUAUGCUAAAACAUCCCUCAAGAAUACCGGUAUCACCUUGUCUGAAUUCUUAACUAAAGAUAGACAUGAUGCCUUCAUGGCGGCCCGGCAGAGGUUUGGGGUGUCCAAGUGUUGGACAAAGGAAGGCCUCAUAUUGAUUGUUGGGGAAGACGGUAAACGCCACCGAGUCACUUCCAAGGCAGAGGUAAAUGCUAUCCCCCAAGCUAACAGUGAUGUUCAAGUUCCAACUACUGCUGAACCGUCUGCUGGGGUGUCCAACUCAAAGACUACUUCCGCGGCGCCGAAAGUCGUUAAACCGGCGGUGAAGACACCAAUGAGGCAGAAAAGGCUCGCUAGAAGAUAAACACUAAGGCUCUU